GCGCUCAGUUCGUGGGCGAGGUACCUCAAGAACAAGUACGGCCCCCGCAAGGAGGGUAAGGACGGCGCCAGCUCGACCACGGCGGGCGGCUCGUCCGCGGGCGGUGGCAGCGCGGCCAGCUCGGCGGCGGCGCGCCGAUUGUCCCUCGGCCUGCCCCUCAGCAGGCACAACUCCGCCUCUAUCGACUCUUCUGACGACGACCAAAAAAACCCGGUCGGCUCCCCCACCUCCCCUACAGCAGCUACGGCGGCAGCAGCAGCAGCAGCCGGUUUCGCAGCGGGCGCUACCUCCCCUAGGAGUCAGUACCUGCAGAAGCGACGUCAGCUGUUUCAAAUCGGGAGUCGGGGGAGCGAGCCUGGAGCCUUCACCUGGCCGCGCGGCAUAGCCGUGGGGCCGGACAACACCAUCGUGAUCGCGGACUCGUCCAACCACCGAGUUCAGGUUUUCGAUUCGAAUGGCAUCUUUGCCAAGGAGUUCGGUAGCUACGGCAACGGAGAAGGCGAGUUUGACUGCCUCGCCGGAGUCGCAGUUAACCGUAUUGGUCAGUUCAUCAUAGCUGACCGCUACAACCACCGCAUUCAGGGGCCAGCUGGAGCACCCGCACUACAUCGCCGUGUCGUCCACCAACCGGGUCAUCGUGUCCGACUCCAACAACCACCGCAUCCAGAUCUUCGACGUCAACGGCCGCGUAAUUACGUCAUUCGGCUCGGAAGGGUCUGACGAGGGGCAGUUUAAGUUCCCAAGGGGCGUGGCCGUGGACGAGCAGGGUUACAUCUUCGUGGGCGAUUCUGGCAACAAUCGCAUCCAGAUCUUCCACCCGGACGGCGCGUUCCUGCGCGCGUUCGGCUGCUGGGGCGCGGGGCCUGCCGAGUUCAAGGGCCUGGAGGGCGUCGCCGUCAUGAGCGACGGCAAGAUCCUCGUCUGUGACCGCGAGAACCACCGCGUGCAGGUCUUCUAAGUGUGAGGGGCGGGCAUGGUCUCCUUAAGAGGGGGAAGGGCAUCAUCGGCUGUCGAGAAGUAGUGUCAACGCGGAAAAGACUGUAGAGAUUUGUCAUGGGAUACAAGUUGUCAUCUGUUGCGAAUGAAAUGCCACUUCUAUGAUAAGUAACAACGUUUCUUUUGCGUUGUUUUGUUGUUAUUGUUGUUUUUUGUCACAGACCAGCUAGACGCAAGUGUCUCAGCCGGUAUGUGAAAAUAAAUAUGGAAAUGUUCUCACAAUCACAGAUCCCACAGAUCACGCAGUUUAUGAUACAAGAGCAUAUGACAGUACAUAGCACUUACCAACUGCCUGGUCGUUUACCCCUUAAGGGCCGUGUGAGCUGAAUCACUCCACUGUUCAAAUAUGAAAAUGCUCUGACUCAAAUGUGCUUUCAAAUUAAAAUCUGUGUGUAUUUUUGUUUUCCCUCAAACAGCAUGUUUGACUUUACUAAAGUGUUGCUGAGUGUGCCUUAUCAGAAAAAAAUAAAUGUAUGCAAAACCCAA